CUGGAGUUUGUUUAUCAUAACAACAGUUGCCAUGACAACCGCUUUGUGCAAUCGAUACCACUCAAAUGUCCCGCACUUGACAACCAAGCGCAAUGCGCAACACUAGUUCCAAAUUCCAUUGAUUUUUUAAUGUUUCUUUUUUGUUUCGGUAUUUAAAAAUGUUUUGUUUCGUUGACAGUUGAUUUGUUUUUUUUUAAUUAUGUAUUACACGAAUUAUUUACACAGCCGCCCGAGCAAGAUGAAUGAGUAUGGCUUGAAGAGGAUCCCAGAUUAUACAGAACUGGCGUAUAAGGAGGCGGUGUCGAAGCUACGGUACUUCUUGUCAGGAAAUUACGCGCCAAGUGUACGUAGCUACGGAGGUUCAACAUCAGUGAAGAAUUUAGACGAGUCUGAUGGCGACGCUGACAAAAAGUUCUCUAGCUAUACCCUGGCAGAGUAUAGGCCGAGACCCCGACUCACCACUAAAUACGCCACGCUGUACGCGGACAGCCUCAACAACUACACACCGCCUACAACACACACAGCGGCGCCCCCUCCCCCCACUACAACCAGCGGUGACGUCACGGGCGGCACAAACCCUGACGUCAUCAACUUUAUUCAGAAACAGGAAGAGUACAUUGAACAGCUGGAGCGCGAGAGCCAGUACUGCAGGGAUGAACUAAACAAUCUGCUGGGCAAAGUGAAGGAGGUUAUAUCGGAGAACGAGCACCUCCACGAGGCUCAGAAGAACAAGCUGAUCUCCAAGAUGUUCCACUCGUACCAUGGCUCGGAGAGCGACGAUCUGGAUGAGCUGGGAGACAGCACUGGCCUGGAUAGUGAUAAUAAGGCGACGCCUCUCAAAGCUCGCAAGUCAGCAAAGUCCCGUUCUACGAGACUGGAAGGUCCCAACAUCGUCUUCGAGUCGCGUAUUGCAGAACUAGAAGCUCAGCUCACGCAAGCCAAGAUCGAUCUUAAGAAAGUGCAGGAGGAAAACAAUGAGAACAAGCGUAAGUUGGCCUCCGGGCUUGUUGACUCAACUUGCCUCGAUGGCUUCAAGCGCCAGAUCGACAAUCUUCAGAGGGACAAAUCCUCCUUGGAGUCUCAGAUAUCGAAGCUGAAGCACAGCUUGGAGCAGCGCGAUGACGACGGGCGUUACAAGCGCGGCUCGGACGCUGUGGAGCAGCAGCUGCGAGAGGAACGGAACAGCUUGGAGACUGAAGUGCGACGGCUUAAGGAUGAUCUAGCUAAGGAGCGCAACAAGAUCCGCGAGCUGGCGGGCGAGGGCGCGCGGCGCGCCGUGCAGGAGCGCAGCGCGGCCGAGCAGCGCUACACCGCGCACUUCGACGAGCUGCAGCACGACCUCGCCGCGCAGUACGAUAACGUAGCUAAACUUCAGUUGGACUUGGAACGUCAACGCCGCGAAGAGAACGAGCUGAAACGAGAGAUCUCCAUGAAGAAUGCAGCCAUUGAUGAGUUGAAGAUGGAACUUAAGAACAAAAUGUCAUCUCUUCAAGCGGACUUGGCUCAGGCUCACGCGGAGAAGGCGUCGUUGGACGAGGAACUGGCCAGCGCUCGCCUUGCCAUCGAGCGUCACCAGCGGCAGGCCAAGCAUGAGAGCAACCGUCUUAACUCAGAAAUCCAAUCUCUCCGUCAACGCCUGGACCGAGCUGAUGCUGAUCUGGUCCACUCUCGUCGCGAGAACCUCCGCCUUUCUGAACAAAUAUCUAACUUGGAGAAAGAGCAAACGAUGAAGAAUUUAACACCAAUAUCGCCGCAGAAGAAUAACAAAGAGAAGGAACUAUCCACCAUGCUGGAGUCCAUGGAAAACAAGCACGCUAAAACCGUGGCUGAGUUGGAGUCCAUGAUACAAUCACAAAACAGUCUGAUGGAGAAACUCACCGGCGAAUGUCGUUUGCUCACAGACAAGCUCGACGACGCAAAUCGUAGGCACAAGCAAGAGCUGGCCACUCUCCAGCGUCAAGUAAACGGCCUGUCACGCUCCAUGCAGUCCCCACGCAACACACCUAGCAGUUACCAAGCACAUCCCACGCACACGACCUCACCCGACGGAAAUGUACAACAUCCCGCGACCGACAGCGGACGAGACUAUCCCCGAACUGAGUCCCCCGGACACGCCGAAGACGGACCGAUCGGACCGGUCGCACCAGUCGCAGGACUCGGAGAAGACGACCGUUACCAAAGUGAAGGACUAACACAACCAGCAGUCAACGAAAACGUACAAGAAAUAGAAGACGAAAUUGUAGACGAUGCUAAACCAAAAGAAAACGUACAAUCACCCGUGCAUAUCGGAGAAGAAACUAAAACUGCAUCCGAACUAGAGCAAGAAACAAAUGACGCUGAAAAACCCAUGGAGGUCGAACAUUCUGAAGAAUUCGUUGAACAACCUUACCAGUAUGAUCAAACUUACGAACCAACCGCUGCCACAGCAGAAGCAGCGUACGAAAAUCAGUACGAACAAAACUUCGAGCAACCGUACAAUCCUGAACAGCAAUACGAGAAUUACGAGCAGUAUCCACAACAAUUCACAGACCCAAACGCGCAAUACGAACAACAAUACGAAAACUAUGCACCCGACGCAAACUAUCAAAGUGAACAAAACUACGACACUACGCAAUACGCGCAAGAAUAUCAGGGCGAUCAAAUCGCUGCGCAGAACGAUACUAAGAUACCACCCGAACAAAUUGAACCUGCUCAGUACACUCAAGAACAAGUUGAUCAAAACGUAACAGAUGAUAGUAUAACUCCGAAAGAUAAAGUACCUAGCCAGAGUUAGCAAUUUCAUUAGAUUUAAAAUUAAGUUGUAUAAUUAAUUUGUGCAAUAUUUUGUUAUGAAGCUUUUUGUUUUACGUCUUGUGCUAGUCUUUAUUCUAGUUAAGCUUUCGAUGUUAGAAAUGUUAUUAAAUAGUUAUAGAAAACUACAGAGUUUGAAUAUUUAAUUUGAGUAACAAAGUAUCGAGUAAUUUUAAUCGGUCACAAAUAAUCGAUUGCAAUCGUAUUGGGACCAUUCUGGUCAGUCGGACAAGAAUACUGUCAUAUUGCAACUUAGUGGA